UCCCAAUACUUUUUACUUUGUAUUUUUUUUGUAUUUCUCAGCUCCCCGUUUGUUAACCCGACCCCUUGUGCCUUGGUAUGCAAUGAAAGUAAUGUAAGCCCACUUGGGCUAAGCCGCAACCAGUCGUGUGACGUGCAUUUCUCUCUCUUCUCCGCGCCCCAGCAACAGCUUCGCAGCAAAAGAAGAAAAACGCUUGAGCCGAACCCCAGAUUUCGUCACCCCCACCACUGCUACAGCACGCACCACCACCAAAAAACCUGCACGGCUAUUUUCGGUUCCCCACGGUGGCACUCACCCACUCCAUCCACCAAGCUGCUUGAGCCGAACAUCCCAUCAUCCUUCUUUUAUUUUUCUGUCCUCUUGUGCCGAGAGCCCUUCUUUCUCCCUACCUCCCAUUUUCCCUCAUCCAAUUCCUUUCUUUUCUUCUCUGCUACCAAUUCGUCUCCCCCGUCUUGCUGGCAAUCUCUCACAAUGCGUUCCAUCAGAGCUCAUCGCCUGCCCUUGCGGCCUCUGGCGCGCCACUCGUCCUCGGCCGCGUCUACUCCCAAGACAAACGCCCUCCAGUCCGUCCUCAUCGCCAACCGUGGUGAAAUCGCCAUCAGAAUCAACAAGACCGCCGAGCGCAUGGGCAUCCGCGCCACCACCAUCUACACAGAUGUCGACGCCAACUCGUGGCACGCUGGCGCCGGGUACCAGUCGUUCGGCCUAGGCCCCGCCAACGGCUACCUCGACGGCGAGAAGAUUAUCAAAAUCAUUAAGCAGAAUGGCAUCCAGGCUCUGCACCCUGGUUACGGCUUCCUCUCGGAGAACUUCAAGUUUGCUGAGCGUUGCGAGCAGGAGGGCAUCGUCUUUGUUGGUCCCCCAGCCUCUGCUAUGCAGGAUAUGGGUGAUAAGGCCCGCUCCAAGGAAAUCAUGAACGCCGCCAAUGUUCCCUGCGUCCCCGGCUACCACGGAUCCGACCAGGGCGAGCUGCAGCUCCUGGAGCAUGCCAAGAAGAUCGAGUUCCCCGUGCUCCUCAAGAGUGUCCGCGGUGGCGGUGGUAAGGGUAUGCGUAUCGUUAUGAAGGAGGAGGAGUUCAUGGACCAGCUCAAGAGUGCGCGUGCUGAGGCUCGCGGCUCUUUCGGCGAGGGCGGCGAGGUCAUGCUUGUUGAAAAGUACAUUGUCCGCCCCCGCCAUGUCGAAGUCCAAGUCUUUGCCGACAAGUACGGAAACACCGCCGCCCUUGGUGAGCGUGACUGCAGUGUGCAGCGCCGCCACCAAAAGGUUCUCGAAGAAUCGCCCGCCCCGGACCUCGACGAAGCUACAAGACAGGAUCUCUGGAACAAGGCUCGCAUGGCCGCCUCCGCUGUCGGCUACGUCGGCGCUGGUACUGUCGAGUUCAUUCUCGACAAGGACACUGGCAAGUUCUACUUUAUGGAGAUGAACACCCGUCUGCAGGUCGAGCACCCCGUCACCGAGAUGGUUACUGGUCUGGAUCUCGUUGAGUGGCAGUUCCGUAUUGCUGCUGGCGAGAAGCUGCCCCUCGACCAGAGCGAGAUUGAGGCUAGAAUGGCCACCCUUGGCGCUGCCAUCGAGGCCCGUGUCUACGCCGAGAACCCCGAGAAGGGCUUCAUGCCCGACUCCGGCAAGCUCGUCCACGCCGUCCUUUCCGAUGCCGCCAAGUCCGACCCCGAUAUCCGUCUUGACUGGGGCUUUGGCUCUGGCAGCGUUGUUAGCGAAGCCUACGACGGCAUGAUUGCCAAGCUCAUUGUCCGCGGCGAGGACCGCGCCACUGCCAUUGCCAAGCUUGCCACGGCUCUGCGCCAGUUCGAGAUUGUCGGUCUCAGCACCAACGUCGAAUUCCUCAAGCGUCUCUGCUACAGCCCCGCCUUCAUCGCCGGUGACGUCGAGACCGGCUUCAUCGAGAAGCACAGAGAGGAGCUCUUCAGCCCCCGCCGCAUUGAUGGCGAGGUCUUUGCCCAGGCCGCCCUCGCUGUCCAGAGCCUUCAGCAAAAGGGCGCUUCGCCCCACGGCACCUCCAUCGGCUUCGGUUCCCCCUCUGCCACUUCUUCGCGCAAGCUUGCCUUCAAGAUUAUCGAUGGCUACUGCGCCGGCGAGGGUGAGGUUGUUGAGGCCAAUGUCGCCCAGGUCGGUCGCGGUCUGUAUGACGUUACCGUCACCCGCAAGGGCCAGGAGCCUGAAGUCUACAAGAACGUCCGCACCGAGCCCAAGACGGAGGCUGAGGUGACCAAAAUUGAGUCCUGGUUCCCCGAGGCUCGCAUCCAGUCCACCGUCGUCAACCAAGAGGGCGAGACCGAGACCAAGAUUGCCGUCUUCCAGCACGGCGUCAAGACCGAUCUUGCUCUUCUCUCCCCCGGUUGGUACGAGAAGGCUCUUGGCCUCAAGGAGGCUUCCUCCUCUGUUGCCGCCCCCAUGCCCUGCAAGAUUCUCAAGAACGAGGUCACUGAGGGCCAGACCGUCACCAAGGGCACACCACUUGUUGUCAUUGAGUCGAUGAAGAUGGAGACUGUCAUCCGCUCGCCACAGGACGGUGUUAUCAAGAAGCUCGCCCACAAGGAGGGCGAUAUCUGCAAGGCCGGCACCGUGCUUGUUCUGUUUGAGGAGGAGCCUGAGAAGCAAGAAUAAUGAAGGGAAUGAAGACCAUGGCAGGACAUUUUUGGCGUUUAACGGCAUUUACAUGUAUAUAAGUAACAAUAUGAAAAGAGUAUAUUUUUUUAGCCUACGA